GUCAAGGUCUUCUCUUUCUACCACCAUCAUGGACGAAGCCAUCACCGAGGAGAAGAAACAUUUCGACGCAGAAAAUGCUGAAGAGGACGAUUCGCAGCCUGACCCUGAUGAGCAGCUAAUGCUGGACCAAGGAAAUGGUCGUGUCUGGCUGGUUAAGAUACCCAAAUAUCUCAUGGAACGCUGGGCAGCUGUGAAUGAGGAGGAUGUGCAUUUGGCAACCAUUCGUGUGUACAGCGAGGCAAUGGGACAAAACGGAAAGUCACCGCGUAUCGUUCUUUUCUUACCCCCUCAUCCGGGCUCUGUGCCCAACCCUAAACACCCACAUUUCGAUACCCAACCGACCAAUGUUGACGCCAGAAAAUACUCUCCUGAAACGUCGACAAACGAGCCAGUGUGUUAUGAGCUAGAUAUGAUUAAUGACUCGGUGGAGAACCAGAUGGUGGUGGCAGAGCGACCCAAAGACGCCGCCUUCAAUUUAUCUGGCAAGGGCAACUCAAGCCCGGCUAACUCUCGUGCACGCACCACCAUUCUUACUGGCAGAGUCAAACACGAAUGCAGUCUGCGUCCUGGAUACAAUGAGAGCUAUCGCAAGCAGAUGCGGGAACGCCACAAAUUGUACAACACUCCACGCAGACAGAUCAAGAUGAUAGAGGAUAACUUUGCCAAAGGUGGUAUCAACAGACUCAGCAGUGGUGUUACUUUGGGACAAUCCACGUUCUCUGACCUUGUAAAAACAAAGUCGAAGAGCAAAGGAAAGGGUGCAGAGCGUAUGGCUCGUAUGCCAAGGAACCAACUCCUGGAUCUCAUCUUUCAACUCUUCCGAGAUUCUCCUCGAUGGAACAUCAGGGAUCUACGCACCAAAACCCAGCAGCCCACCGCCUUCCUCAAGGAAACAUUGCUCGAGGUUGCUUCUCUGCACAAAAGCGGAGAGUAUACUGGACAUUAUGAGCUGAAGGAUAUCUACAAGGAGGAAGGGAUCAAGGCUGAGAACAUCCCUAUGCCUGUUUUAGAUGGCUUGAAGAUGGAAGAAGAGGAUGACGAAGACGAAGACGAGGACGAUGAGGAUGACAUGGAAGAGGUUUCAUGAAUCGCUCUCUGUUACUGACCUGUGUAAUAUACUUUCGCACAAUUGUACUUUUUCACAUAAAUUAUGAUAUUUUGUUGAAUUUAUGCCCUUUCGGAAC